ACGUGAUUCCAUUGUCAUGUGAUAAAAAACUAUUACAUGAUAAAUGAAUUCUCUUGCCUCCUUUUUAAUAUUUUGCACCCUUUUGGGAACAGAAGCAUUAAGUCUGUUGAGACAUCAAGGCUUGAAGGAGCCAGAGGGGCAUAUAGAUCGAAAAUAUUUACCGGCUCCUAAGUGGUUUGAACAAAAACUUGAUCAUUUUAACCCAGCAGACACAAGAACAUGGAAGCAAAAGUAUUACGUAAACAGUACUUUUUAUAAACCGGGAGGGCCAGUUUUCCUACAAAUCGGAGGUGAAGGCCCCGCCAGUCCUAAGUGGAUGGUACAAGGAGAAUGGAUUGAAUUUGCCAAAAGAUAUAACGCUUAUUGCAUACAAAUCGAGCAUCGAUUCUAUGGAGAUAGUCAUCCAACCAAAAAUGUCAGCGUUGAGAAUCUUCGCUAUUUGACAAGCGAACAAGCACUUCGAGAUUUAGCUAAUUUCCGGGUGAAAAUGAGUAGCCUUUUAAAAAUGAAUAAAGCUAAAUGGGUAUCAUUUGGCGGUUCUUAUUCGGGUGCCUUAUCAGCUUGGUUUCGCGCCAAAUAUCCUCACUUAGUUCAUGCUGCUGUUGCAUCUAGUGCGCCUCUAUUUGCUAAAGUAAACUUUUACGAGUACUUAGAGGUUGUAGCUGCAUCGUUAAAUUCCAUAAACCCUCAAUGCGAUGAACGCAUUUCUUUAGCUUCACAAAAAUUCAAAGCCAUGCUUGCUAAGAAAAGUGAUCGCCAGCUAUUAAAAAAAAUGUUCAAACUUUGCGCAGAUAUUGAUAUGAGCAAAAACGAUGACGUUUCAAACCUACUUGAAUCUUUGGCUGGUAAUUUCGAAGGAAUAGUCCAAUACAAUAAAGAUAAUAGACACUUUGAAGGUGGAAGUCAAAUAACAAUAGAUUUGCUAUGUAAAUUGAUGACUGGUGGCAAAAACACUUCAGAAAACGCUUUAGAAAAUUAUGCUAAAGUCAAUAGUUUGUUGUUAUUAGACGCGAAUCAAACUUGCCUAGAUUUUUCAUAUAAAUCUGUUAUCAAAGAAUUACAAGAUGUUUCUUGGAAGGCGGCAGUGGGUGGUCGUCAGUGGAUAUAUCAGACUUGUAAUGAGUUUGGGUGGUAUCAGACAUCUGAUUCUCCAAAACAACCUUUUGGAAGUGGUUUCGGAUUAAAAUUUUCUGCCAAGAUAUGCUCUGAUGUUUUUGGUGUAUUUAACCUAAAAGACCUCGAAGCUAAUGUAAACGAAACAAACACUAAUUACGGAGCUAGAAAUUUGAAGGCAACACGAAUUGUAUUCCCAAAUGGUAGUAUAGAUCCCUGGCAUGCAGUUGGUUUAACUAAGGACCUUAACCAGGAUGCGCCGGCUAUAUUUAUUCAAGGUACAGCACAUUGCGCCAAUAUGUAUCCACCAUCUAAAAAGGAUCCCCCACAACUAACAAAAGCUCGCCAAAAGAUUGGAGAUUUGCUUGAAAAGUGGCUUGCUCAAGAUGCUUAA